CACCCUCCAGAGUUGAAAAAAAAAAUUAUGGACAAGAAGUUAUCAUUGAAAUUAAGUGGUGGAAGCCAUGUCGAAGGAAUACUGCAGGGAUUUGAUCCCUUUAUGAAUCUUGUGAUAGGUGAAUGUGUGGAGAUGGCAACUGGUGGGCAACAGAACAACAGUGGAAUGGUGGUAAUACGAGGACAUAGUAUCAUCAUGUUAGAAGCCUUGGAACGAGCACAAAGAAUGGCUGUGUUUACCAGAGAAAUCAACUGCUUCCAUUUGUCCCCUCUCCUCAGCACCUGCUUCACUACAGUAUAAAAAUCUAGUCCUGUCCAUUUUCACAUUGAACUUUUGUUAAAUAAACUUUUGUAUUUGUCAAAAAAAAAGGGGGGGGAGGGUGAAUAAACCCAGUAUCUCAUUGAAUUAUUAUGAAGGCAAUAAGAUGAUGGAUGUAAAAUACACAA